AUGAAGAUUCCAUCAUUGUUAAAACGUCCUACAACUUCUAUUCCACUACCAUAUGAAAAAAUUCUAAAUGAUAGAUUUAACCUCAAGAUUCCUAGCUCUGAAUCCGGCCCAAAUUCGCAAUUUUUGACUGUAAAGUCUAUUUUUGGAGAUUUGUCCUCACGCACAUCUUCUAAUAAACAGGACUUCCCCCAAAAUCCUUUCAAUAACCCAUCAUUCAGAUUAAAAAAUGAUAAAAACUUUGGAAAUAAUUGGAUUAAUGAAAAAUCUGUCCAAGGAAAUCAAACACCAGACGAUUUUAAAGGGGAUUCCAACCAGAUUCAUCCAACUACUAACUCUAAUUAUCAAUUAACUGAUUCUUCAAAGGUUUCAGGGACAACGAAAUGUACAACUAAAGAUUCACUUAUAAGUCCCUUAAAACAACUUUCAAGGAUUAGUAAAGAUCCUUCCAUUUCCGAUCCCCUAAAACCUCCUUUAAGUGAUAUAUCCGAAGAUUUAGAUGUAUAUUCCAGUGAACCAACUUCUGAUACAAUCAUUUCUAUAAAUUCAACUGGUGUGUUUGAUAUCAAUGGACGCUAUUCUAACUUAGAAAUAUAUAAAAAUGAGACUGUCGACUCUAUUGUAUCGAGUGGAGUUGAUGUUCCUGAACGGUUGAAUUUGCUUAUUAAGGAAAGAGCUUUGCGAGGAUUAUCCGAUCAAUGCCUAGAAAUCCUUUCUGAGAUUAAGAGGCUUAAAAUUCCGCUUUCAAUAGAGGCCUACAAUAACUGCCUCAUCAGUUGCAUGAAGACGAAUAACGCAAAGUUAUCACGGUACUUAUUUUUAUGCCUAAGAUCUGACCUGUUAACACCUGAUUUGAGAACAUACACUCUUAUGAUUAAGACUCAUGUUAACUCUGGUGAUAUUUCAAGUGCAUUUUCCCUAUAUAGGAAGAUGGAAAACGAGGGAACAAAAGCCGAUUUGGUUGUUUUUUCAGUAUUAAUUGACUGCCUUGUAAAGGAGAAGCACAUCAAGGACGCAUGGAGUCUUUUCAAUUACAUGAGGACUUGGCGACUUAUUGAGCCUGACGAAGUCCUCUUUACCAUUAUGAUUAAGAGCUGUAGUUAUUCCAGAGAGGCUGAAAAGGCUUUAAAUUUAUACCAGGAGAUGCUAACUAUGAACAAAUUUCCCACAAUUUACACCUAUAUUGAGCUAAUAAACUGUCUCUCAAAUCGCAAGGAAUACUUUCAUCAAUGUUUCCAGUUCUACAACCAAAUCAAAGCUCAGGAAUACCCAAUCAAUUCUCACAUACUUCUUCUGCUACUCCAGAGUUGUUGUACUGUUGGCAAUGUGAGGAAGGCCAAGGAGGUGAUUUUAGAAGCUCGUACUAUGGGAAUAAAGCCUACUUUGGAGAUGUAUAAUGUGUACAUCAAGACUCUUGCAGCCCAAAUGAAACUGUCAAAACUGACUGAAAAUGAAAAGAUCAAUAACAUUAACAAGACCUGGUCAAUAGUCCAAUCUUUACUUCCUCUGUACAACUAUAAUAAUGCUUUAAAUUCUGAAAAUAGUGAAAAUAAGGAUUUGGUUCCGGAAGAUUCAGAUAAAGGAAAACUGGUCAGGUUACUAAAUAGUGUAAUUUUAGUUUAUGAAAACGGCGGUUACUACGAAUACGCCAUGGACGUCCUAAACUGUUUUCAAGUUUUCAACAUAACACCUGAUUACAUGACUUACUUCAUACUCUUAAGGAUGGUUGGCCCUAAGAUGAAGGACCCUGGGCGUUUUUUCACUCUUUGGAGUCAGGCUAAAACUCAAAUUGAACCGAAAAAGACACUCCUAUGCAUGGCUCUGGACAUGGCAAUACUUUCAAGAUCCGCUAAAAGAACCUUGGAGAUACUUAAUGACAUGCAUAAUGCCAAGGUUUUCCCCACUCCCGCCCUUAUGAAGAGGCUCUAUGAGUCUGGAAAGAAAAUCACCCAAAUUCACCUCAUGAUUAAUAAUUUAGUAACUCUCCAAAGGAAAAUGACUUACCAGGAAAAACUCAACGAUAGUAAAAUACUUCAAACAUAUGUUGACGAGUUUGAACUCAACAAGGCAAUCACACCAAGCAUUAAAAUUUAAUAUAUAUCCACAUCAUA